CACGACAGUGGGGGAUAGUAAAAGACAGCUAGCAAUGAAGAAGGAGCCUCACCUACCAGUGCCCAUCCAUCACAUUCUCUCUCUCUUCUUUCAUAACCCCCCCUUUACCAUUUAAACCUUCUUCACUCUCCUCUUUCCUCUUUCAAAUAACUCACUCUAACACACUAUUUCUCUCUCUCUCUCUCUCUCUCUCACUACUCUUUCCUUAAUUUCAAUUUCACCUCAAAUAAACAACUAAGUUUUGUUUCAGGAGUUGAAUUGUGAAAUUAUACAUUCUGCGUCAUAGUUUACUCAAAUUCAACAAGAGAAGAAAAUGGCUGGAACAAUGAACGAGAUUGAUUGCUUCAACUUAUUUGACAACAUUGAUGACAUUUACCCCGUCGACGAUGUUGACACCGCUGCCGCCUCAUUGCCUUCCUCCGCGGGAAACUACAACUCGUUGGCGAGUAUCUGGCCGAAUGAGUCUGACUCGGUUUUUUCCGGCAAUAGUACUUCAGACCUCUCGGCGGAGCUCCCCGUUGAUCCGUUCGAAGAUCUUCUUUCAUUGGAAUGGGUGUCCAAUAUUGUGGACGAUUCAUUUUGUGAGGAGAGUCUCACAAUGAAGGUGGAGCAGCAGCCAUCAUCAUCAGCUGUCAGCAAGGAGGACUCUGGGCAUUACCAAUUUCAGACACCAAGUCCUAUUUCUGUCCUUGAAAGCAGUAGUUCCUGCUCUGGUGGAAAGACCACAGGGAUUUACGUCCCCAUCCCCGUGCCUUGCGGACGUGCACGCACCAAGCGUCCACGCCCCACAGCCUUCAACCCUCGUUCUGCCAUGCAACUCAUUUCCCCUACUUCCUCUUCUGUUGAGGAGAACAUGCAGCCUAAUGUUAUCUCCACCAAGGCGAUGUCUUCAGAUUUUGAAAAUUUUGCUGAGUCCCGAAUUAUUGUCAAGAAACCAAAGCUCUCUUCUGGAGAAACCAAGAAGAAAAAGAAAAUCAAGGCACCACUUCCUACUGCUCCUGCUGACAGUGGUGAACAGAUUGGUUCACUACCUGUUAGGAAAUGCAUGCAUUGUGAGAUAACCAAGACUCCACAAUGGAGGGCAGGUCCAAUGGGGCCAAAAACACUCUGCAAUGCUUGCGGUGUUCGGUACAAGUCUGGCCGACUUUUCCCUGAAUACCGGCCUGCUGCUAGUCCAACGUUUUGUCCAGCUGUGCACUCCAAUUCGCACAAAAAGGUCCUUGAAAUGAGAUGCAAGGAUAGUUUUGAAUCAGAUUCGGCUGAACUCAUUCCAAACACCAAUGUUCUCGCCUUGGAAUACAACAUUUGAAGGGAACUGAGCCUAGUUGGAGAUUUCUCUCUCCUCGCCUUACCUAGAGUCGCGUCGUAUGUUAUUUUUUGUUGAAUUUUAUUUCCUUUGGUCAUUGGUUUUUGUACAGGGCUGGAAUGGGGAGAAUAGGAUCAAUAGAACAGAAGAAAAGGGAAGAAAAGGGUAGGAUCUUAGGUCUAGUUAUUUUAGAUCACUUAGGUCAGUAGGAGUCAGUGUCUUUUUUCUUUGGCAUUCUUUUUAUAAUAUCCAUAUCCAUGGGAAUUCUUUUUGCAGUUUAUUUGUAGCAAAUUUUCUGAGUUGAGUAAGAGACAAGAUUUGCAUUUGCACUUGCUUUGUUUCAUUUCAA